UGGAGUAAAGAACCCGAGAGGGAAUUGACAAGGCAGAAGAAAUGGAGGGAGUGAAGCGGCUGGUGAAGAAGGGUUUGCGAUUGGGGGAGAUGGGUUUCAAUGCCGAAGGAGGAGUCGUCAAUUGGUUUCCCGGACACAUGGCCGCCGCCACCAGCGCCAUUCGCCACCGACUCCAACUCGCUGACCUCGUCGUCGAAGUCCGCGACGCCCGCAUUCCGCUGUCGUCAACAAAUGAAGAGCUGCAGCCGCAGCUUGCAGGAAAAAGACGCGUAAUUGCUCUCAACAAGAAGGACUUGGCUAAUCCCAAUAUAUUACAUAAAUGGGUUCAUUAUUUUGAGUCACGCAAGCAAGACUGUCUUCCAAUCAAUGCACAUAGCAAGAGUUCUGUUCAAAAGCUUCUUAAUCUUGUGGAGUUGAAACUGAAGGAAAAGAUUUCACGAGAGCCUACCCUUCUUGUUAUGGUGAUUGGUGUUCCAAACGUUGGGAAAUCGGCUUUAAUUAACUCAAUCCAUCAAAUUGCAUCGUCUCGCUUUCCUGUGCAGGAGAAGAUAAAGCAUGCUAGAGUGGGCCCAUUACCUGGUGUUACCCAAGAUAUUGCAGGAUUUAAGAUUGCUCACCAGCCUAGUAUCUAUGUUCUUGACACACCGGGGGUGUUGGUUCCAAGUAUCCCGGAUAUAGAGACAGGAUUAAAGCUAGCUCUAGCCGGGUCUGUGAAGGAUUCGGCAGUAGGCGAGGAACGUAUUGCUCAGUACCUGCUGGCUGUUUUAGAUACUCGAGCCACUCCCCUUCAUUGGAAGCACCAGGAUAACAGAAGUUCAGAAGGGGUUCAAUGUGAAUCUGUGGAGAAACCUGAUUACAGUCUUAAAAGUCUUAGGCCAACAAGGAAGAAGCUACCCAAUGUAUCGGAUGCACUGUACAUUGAGGACAUUGUAACAGAAGUCCAACGUGCAUUGCAAACAAGUUUGGCAGAAUUUACCGGCAAUGUGGAAGACGAAAAUGACUUGGAGAUUCUUAUAGAUCAACAGUUUGAGUUGUUGCAGAAGGCAUUGAGGAUACCGCACAAGGCAUCCGAAGCUCGUCUGAUGGUAUCAAAGAAGUUUCUUACUUUAUUUAGGACUGGUAAGCUUGGUCCUUUCAUCCUUGAUAAUGUCCCUGAUAACAUUAUCACUGAGGGAAUAUGAUUUUCUAGUACAAUUUAAAGGAGUUUCAGCAUUUCAGAGUUUAUUAAAGGGUAUGAUAAAAUUUUGGUUUAGUCUGAAAAC